AGGCAAACUGAGGUGGUCAGUUCACCUGGAGGAGCACGAGUGUUCACCUGACACAGUGAGAAGGUGAACUACAGUGUCUAGGUGGAGCGGGUUGCUGCUGCCACUGCUUGCUAACUGUGAUCAUGUUGUUGCGGCAGCUGUGGUUGGCGGGCCUCAUAGGAUUGUUUGCGGCGUCUCUAACAACUGCUCAGGAAAACGCCACAGUCUCUGGGGAUACGUCGGAGGGGGCAGCGGAACCCGUGGAGGAGAAACCCAAGCUGACGGGGAACCCUCAGAUCGACUACAUUCACGACCCCAACCUGCCCCACGAGCUCCUGGGCUACGACCUCAGCACCUACCCCUUCUACAAGAGGCUACCCAAGGAUCUGCUCGACCCCAAGUUUAACUUCACCUGCGACAACCGCCAUGAUGGUUUCUACGCAUCUAUCCCUCACAAGUGUCAGGUGUACCACAACUGCCUCUUCGGUGUACGCUACGACUUCCUGUGCGCCAACUACACCGUCUUCGACCAAAAGAACUUCAUCUGCCACUACGUGAGCGAGGUGGACUGCGAGAACUCAGAGAAACACUACGACAGAAAUGACGAGCUGUAUGAGACGACAACCACUACGACCUCGACGACCCCUGCUCCUCAGAUCAUCUACGUAGACAGGCCUCGGCCACGCCCACUCGGAGGUCAAGGGAGGAUUCGCAAUAACCGUCCUAACCGUCCCAACCGUCCGCGUCCCUUCAGCGGCAAGCGUCGCACCACCACUACAACCACACCCUCCCCGGACUACGACUAUUAUGAUUACUAUGAUAACUAUGACCAGUACUAUGAUUAUUACAAUGAUGAGACUACGACUACAACUACGACUACUACGAAGAGACCACCGCGUCGUCGUCGUCCCAACAGACCAAGGCAAGGUGGUCAGCAAGGUGGCGAAGAGAGGUUUGGAGGUGGAUUCAACCAGAGGAACCGCAAGAGGCCCAGGUUCCCUGAAAACGAAGAAUUUAGUGACCCCCGAUCCUCACGUCUACAGCAGGGUAACGCCCCUAGAGAGCAGUUCUUCGACGAUGCUCCAGUGGAUGAAUUCCUUCAGGAUGCAGCAACAGGCCAAAGAAAUCGCCCUAAUAGACCCGGCCCUAAGUCAGGCCCAAGGAGAAAGAAGCCUUCAACUACUACCAGCACUACCACCACUACUGAGGCGUCUCCAGAUUACUAUGAUUAUUAUGACUAUGGUGAUGAAGGGGCAUCACCGACGACUACGACGACUACUACCGCUGCCCCAGAUCGUCGUGCACGCCCAUCUUUCACCCCAAGUAGGUCUAGCGGCUCAAGGGUACGCCCAAACACUGGUGUUACGACUACAGAGUUUCCUGGAGACGACUACACAGAACGUGGCUUUAGACCCACUGGCCGUAUUAACUCUAACAGACAGCCAGCCGUCAUUAACCGCCGCUUGUCUCAGGCAGACCAGACCCAAGACAACGUCCCUGAGGCGUCCACUUUACAGGAGCGUCAGCGCCCCCAGCCCGCGGGACCAGUCUUCCCUAGACGGAGAAACCCAACAGUACCAGAAGCGGAUAUCAUAGCGGAGGAAGAACCUUUAGCAGCUGAGUUAGAACCUUUAGCAUCCGAGUUAGAACCUUUGGAAGACACUGCCACAGAAGCCACCAGGGUGAGAGCAAGGGUGAGGGUGCGUCCCACCAGGCAGGGACGUGAGGCAUCCCUUGCAGGAGGUGCGAUAGACCAGUCUCCAGCCCACAGCGAUUAUUAACACUAUGUAUUUAUUGUGUACAGUCACUACCUUCUUGUUUUUGUAUAUUAGUUUUAUUGUUUAUAUUGAUAAAUCUUUUAAUUAACCAAACCAAUGUAUGUCUUAAUUCUUCCUUUCCACCAAUGAAGGACCGGA